UGGCUCAGAGACGAGGAGAUGUUUCUCCCGCUCCUAGUCGUUGGCGAUCAGGCUCUUACGCACGGAGACAUCAGCAUCAUCCUGCGCAGGGUCUUUCACGAGACCGGGAGGCUCAAGUUCCUGCUGGAGGACUUGGGCGUCAGGAGCUGCUCAAGGGGAGGGGAGACCCUCUAUCAGAUUGUGGCACUGAUAGAUCAAAACUCCAGGAUCAAGUUAGCAAAGAUCCGAGAGAAGCUCGCUCAUGAAAUCUUCGCGUCAGAAGCGAUCAAGGAGUUGACCUGUACAGAAAGCAACGAGAUCGCACUGUCAGGUUUCUUCUCUGCCUCCUCCCACGAGGCUCAGCACGUGCUCGACUGGAUUCAACAUGGCGACCGAUCGGCUUCACGAGGCCAAGCUCGGACAGAGCUACUACAGCAUUUCUCUCACAACCUAGGGGAGAACGAGCAUGAGGAGGAGGAGGAGGAGGAGGAGCAUGAGGAGGAGGAGGAGGUCUACGAGGCGAGGAGCGACGGUGGCUUUGUUCGACUUCGCAGCCCUGAGGUUGUCAACCCCGUCAGUCCGGGAGGAGGGAGGGGAGACCCUCGAGCUCUCGUCCCAUCCGUUGAGACCGUGAUGCACGUGCAACAGGUGGUGGUAUCCGACGUCGACCUGCUCCAGCAGAGAGACGGCAAGGGCCGGAAGCUGCUCGUCGACCUGAAGGAGCUUGAUGCUCUUCAUGGGUGGGAGCGGCAGCUGAUGAAAACACUCAUGGACAAGAAAGUGGACGAACAGCAGCAAAGCUCUCUCUACGAAUACGUGGGAUGA